AUGUCCAAUAGCAGCUCCAUCACCCUGUUCCUCCUCAUGGAGUUUGGAGAUACACGGGAGCUGCAGCUCUUGCACUUCUGGCUCUUCCUGGGAACCUACCUGGCUGCCCUCCUUGCCAACAGCAGCAUCAUCAUCACCAUAGCCUGUGACCAGCACCUCCACACCCCCAUGUACUUCUUCCUGCUCAACCUCGCCCUCCUCGACCUGGGCUGCAUCUCCACCAUUGUCCCCAAAUCCAUGGCCUGUUCCCUCUGGAACACCAGGGCCGUUUCCUACAUAGGAUGUGCUGCACAGCUCUUUCUGUUUGUGUUUUUCAUUUCAGCAGAGUACUUUCUUCUCACAGUCAUGUCCUACGACCGCUAUGUUGCCAUCUGCAAACCCCUGCACUACGGGACCCUCCUGGGCAGCAGAGCUUGUGUCCACAUGGCAGCAGCUGCCUGGGCCACUGGGUUUCUCCAUGCUCUGCUGCACACGGCCAAUACAUUUUCACUGCCCCUGUGCAAGGGCAAUGCCCUGGGCCAGUUCUUCUGUGAAAUCCCCCAGAUCCUUAAGCUCUCCUGCUCACACUCCUACCUCAGGGAACUUGGGCUUCUCAUGUUUAUUGCUAUUGUCUAUUUGGGGUGUUUUGUGUUCAUAGUGGUGUCCUAUGUGCAGAUCUUGAGGGCCGUGCUGAGGAUCCCCUCUGAGCAGGGACGGCACAAAGCCUUUUCCACCUGCCUCCCUCACCUGGCUGUGGUCUCCCUGUUUUUUGUCACUGUCAUAUUUUCCUAUCUGAAGCCCCUCUCUUUCUCCUCCCCAUCCCUGGAUCUGGUGGUGUCUGUUCUGUACUCAGUGGUGCCUCCAGCAGUGAACCCCCUCAUCUACAGUAUGAGGAACAAGGAGCUCCAGGAUGCAGUGUGGAAACUGGUGACUGGAUGCCUGCCAGAAGCUACAAAGUGUCUAUGUUCUCCAACAUAUGACACAUAACAUAACUCAUCUCACUGUCUCCAUGUCACCAAACCUGUCAGAGUUCAGGGAGCAUCUGGAGGAUGCUCUUAGUCAUAUGGUUUAGGUCAUCCUGCAAGGACCAGGGAGUUGGACUUAAUGAUAUAUAUGGAUCCCUUUCAGCUGGUGAUGUUCUAUGACUCUGUGACCUGCAAAGUUGCUGAGGGUGUACUGUGUAUAUAAUUUAUUAAGAUAUUAAACAGUAUUCAUCCCAGAAUGGACAAUUGACAGAAACUGCUCAUUCCUUGUUUUCACUUGAACAUGAGUUAUUGACUGUUUUGACACAGCCAUCCAGUCAGUUCCUUAUCCAUCUAUCCAUCACACCAAUAUCUCAGCAAUUUUUUGGUGGGGGCUGCAUGGAAAGUCUUAUAGUAACCCAGACAGAUGACAUUCAUAGCUCUUCCCUUGUCUACUGAUGCAGUCACUCCUUCAGAGGAGUCCACUACCUUAGUCAGGCACAAUUCACCCUUGGUUCAGCCUUGUGAACUGUCUCUAAUCACCUCUGUGUGUUCCAUA